UUGCCGACCAGUUUGUUCGCGGUGUUACUGCUGUUACUAUUAAGUAACUAUAUUCACUACUAUUGUUCUGUGUUACUACAAUAAAGUAUACCCGAAUAGAAAAAAAGGAGUUUUCCUGCGUACGCCGCACAAAAAUUCAAAUUAGAACGAUCACAAUGUUUUCUGCAGAGAUAAUGCUUAAGAAACUGAUCAACAUAAAACUGUUUAAAAAACAAUAUAUGCGAAGAAGUACAAUAUCAGCUAACAUGAAUAUGGAAUCUGAAUUACCGRGAAUCAAUAAAGUUAACUUUACAUCUAGUCUAGAUAUAAAUGAACCAUCAUUAAAUAACCCUGUACCUAUUUUUAGAAUUUUGAAUGGUACUGGGGAUAUKUUAAACAAUAGUAAAUCUAUAAUUAUACCAGAAAAUAAUGAGUUGGUUAGAAUGUACAAAUCAAUGGUUUUGCUGUCAAUAAUGGAUAAAAUGUUGUAUGAAUCUCAAAGGCAAGGUAGAAUAUCGUUUUAUAUGACAAAUGAAGGAGAAGAAGCCGCACAAAUUGGUAGUGCAGCAGGAUUACAUGUCAAUGAUCUUAUUUAUUCGCAAUACAGAGAAGUCGGAGUUUUAUUAUUCAGAGGUUUUACACCUGAAGAAUGUAUGAAUCAAUGUUUUGGAAAUGUAGAUGAUCUUAGUAAAGGAAAGCAAUUGCCUUUAAGUUAUGGGUCUAAAAAUCAUAAUUUUGUAACAAUUUCGUCACCACUUACUACUCAAUUACCUCAAGGUAUAAACUAUACAUACAAUGAUACCCCAUACACUUUAAAAUGA